AUGACAACACAACGUAUUCCAUGGGGAGAGGAGUUAUCACAGGAGACGAAGAAGGCAUAUUUUGUAUCCCAGCCAACACAGACGGAACGAUUAACUCGGAUGGUGAUCAACAAGAAUGAUAACUUAUUCAGACGGAUCAAUAAGAUUCUUGAGAUUGUGAAAGAAGCGAGAGGAAGUAAGGAGGUAGAAGUCUUAUUAAUAGCUAAGGGAGAAGGAAUACAGAAGUUGAUUAGUAUUGUGGAGAUUGUGAAGCAGAAAAUGGGUGAAAAUCAAAGUGAGACAGCUAAUAUAAGUGGUAUGGAAGUUGCAGUUAUAGGUGAUAAGGUGGUGAAGCUUCCAUUUAAGGUGGAUCAAUUUAACUAUUUGGAUUAUACGUUGGUUGCCAGGGAAGAGGUGAAUAAGAAGUACGUCAAGAAGAAAGGGGAAGUGAAAGAGCAGGAGAAAGAGAAGGUGAAAGAGAAGGUGAAAGAGAAGGUGAAAGGGUCGGCGAAAGGGUCGGUGAAAGAGUCAGCGAAAGAGUCGGCCAAAGAGUUGACGAAAGAUAGUCACCCAGACACAUUUACUAAAGACCAAAUCGAUUCACUUAGAGUGGAGAAGAAAGUCAAAGUUCCGAUCUUCUUAACAUACCUUAACUUCAACCAGUACAAAAAACGGCCCACAGAACUGGCAGCAAAGUACGAUACACUUCUACAGGAUGGAUGGACUGACAAUAGCCAGUAA